AUGUUAACGAUUAAACUGAUAUCAGUAUUAUUACUGAUUACUUUGAUUUAUAACAUAGAUGUUUGUCAAGGUAGAACAUCAUCUUAUUAUUCAAUAUUGAAUGAUAUCUCUGCUGGUGUAAACUAUUAUAGUUUAUUGGGUGUAAAUAACGAUGCCUCAGAACGUGAUAUAAAAAAAGCAUUUAGAAAGUUAUCUUUAGAGCAUCAUCCAGAUAAGAAUAAUGGUGUUAGUUCAGAUAUAUAUGUACAAUUGACUCAUGUCUAUCAGAUAUUGAGUGAUAAAGAGACUAGAGAGGAAUAUGACGAUCUACUGGUCAAUGGUAUACCAGCGUAUGAGAGAUACUACGGUAGAUAUGCCUAUCAUUACACUGGUGUCAGUCAUGACAUUCGCUAUGUGUUGGCAGGUCUGGUGGGUGUCAUCACCGUAGUCAAAUAUCUCUAUCAGCUGUCUAGACAUAAACGAAUGACACUGCUGGCAAAGCGUACUGCUCGCUAUCAGAAAGCACUUCAAGAGUCGAGUGAAACCGGUGACACUGCACCAGAGGUUCAUGUUCAAGGCGCAGAGAAACCAACUUGGCAAUCGUUGGUGGUUUUCGAUACCAAUCUAAAUUUAUAUAAUAUCGACUAUGUUUUAAAGUAUUUCUCUUUGAAGUUUCUUCACCAAAAUCUUCAAAGAUUUUUACAACCAAAGUCUAAAACACAUUUUCUUUUGAAUUCAGAGUAUCAAGGAGAUCGUGCAUUGUCAGAGUUCAUUCCUCAAGGCAUUACUCACGUCACUGUAAACUACGACUAUGAGUUCAUCUCCCACCCAACUUACAAUACCUUUCCAGCGGGUAUCACUCAUAUCCAAUUUCUAAAUGCCACUCCUGUCGAAUUCACAGAGGAUAUGCUGCCAAGUUCCAUUCGACAUCUCGCGCUAAAUGAUAUUUUCUAUCAGAAUAUCAGACAGCCUGGACUUAUCCCAAGAUCGCUCACAGAGUUAUCUCUAGGUAUAAGAUUCAAUCAACCGCUAGGCAUUGAUAUUCUACCACCCGAUCUAGAGUCACUCUCUUUUGUUGGAAGUCACUAUGAUUUGCCAAUUCUUCCGGGAUACUUACCAAAUAGUUUAACCAGUCUGAUUCUAGGUCACAGUUUUAAUCAACCGAUUUAUCCAGAUUCAUUACCACCAAAACUUAAAUAUUUACAUUUGGGAGCGAAUUUUUCACAGACUCUCUUCCCGAGUAGUUUCCCAUCACUCACUCACCUUGCCACCUGGGGAAACUCUGAACUUACUUUCAAAUCUCUGCGUAAUCUUGGAUGCCUUACUUAUUUAGUGUUGGAAUGUGAAUUUAAUCAGCAAUUUCAACCUGGAGAUUUACCAAACACCUUGGAAUACCUAUCGUUUGGAUACUCUAUAUAUAAUCAACCUUUCGGUGUCAAUGUACUUCCUCCCAAUAUUAGAUUUCUACAAAUGGGUACCAUUUUCGAUCAUCCAAUCGGUGAGAAUGUGCUUCCAGUGAAUCUGGAAGUUUUGAUCUUUGGAAAAUUCUUCAACCAACCUUUGGAAGAAAAUGUACUACCACCUAAUCUUGAACAUUUGGAAUUUAGUGAUAAAUUUAAUCAACCAUUGAAACCAAAUGUUAUUCCUGACAGUUUAAGAUAUCUCUUGUUAGACAGUGAAUAUUCACAUGAUAUUGGCGAAUCAGUAUUGGCAAAUAUUACUACCCUCUUCAUUAGUGGAACAGGUACAGAGGAAUGUACAAUUCAACUACCCAGCUCACUUAGACAUCUCAUCUUGGGCAAAGCUUUCAACAAAAAGAUCAAGUUUGGAAAGUAUCCUGAUGGUCUUACCCAUUUCCAAAUGGAAUCAUUUGUACCGGGAUUGGAGAUUCCAAAGAAGAUCACUCAUUUGGAUUUAGGUUAUGAUUGUUCAAAGAAAAGAAGAUCGAAUAUAAAUGAUUUAGUACCAGAAUCUGUCACACAUCUUUCGAUUGGCGUUGUUGGAUGUCCUCUGUUCCCAAGAGAUCUUCUUUUAAGAUUGGAAAAGAUAACAUUGUGGCAUAUAGGUUUGGUAGAGAGACACCCAAUUGCAUGUAGAACUCACAAGCUGGAUAUCAGAAAAAUCAACCACAAGGAUAUAAUGCUAUUAAACAAAGAAAAUCUUCUCGGUGGAAUAAUUGACACUUCAUUGGAUGAACCAAUCAAGAUUAAUACAGAGUCAUUAAUCAAUGAAAUAUACCCUCCAGUUGAAUGGAAAGAUUAUAAAGAAAAUCAAUAUUGGAAAUUUAACAUUGAUUAUUUCAAUUUGUAUUCACAACAUUUCUAA